AUCAUUUCAUUGGUUAAAGGUAAACGAGAAGAUGGUUGCCCUAAAGUUAUCAGUCGCUCAGUGUGGUCACGUAGGCCAGUCGGCAGACACAAAAAACGCCUAAAAUGUUAUAAUACUGUAAUUUUGUGAGAAUUUUCUGUGAUUGAUCGUGAAAUCAGUUAGCAACCUAGUUUCGGGAACGGGCCUGGCACGACAUACUGAACCAGUAGUUAACAUAGCUGAAUUAUUGAGUGGCUUUCAAAGCCUCCUUCAUAUAUAAAUAAAAAAAAUAUUUAUACAUAAUAUUCCAUCUACACAUCUGUAUCGGUAUAUGUAUAUACAGAUACAUACACAUCAUUAAUUUUUGCUCGUCAUCAUCGAGCAAGAGUUAAAUAUCGUGGGAGGUAUAAUGAAGUGGUCUCCAGGUGCUCUGUUUUGCGAACAAGUUGGAGAGCUGACACGUGUCUUUUCUCAAUGGAACGAAUGUGAGCAGACUGUUGUUCUUUAUGCAUUAUUGCGACGCAUUCCGGCUGUUCAGGCCAGAUUUCUGGCCCAGGCUGUACAACAUUCUCUGCAUUCUGUUUCCGAGUUAAAUUCCCAGGAGCUCAACGCGAACAAUCCUGCUUUCAUUAAUUCUCUGUUGUCUGAAACAACGGAGACUGCUAUAAAUCAGCUGCUUACUCACCUUCCAUUAUUGCGCCCUGGAAAUUCUGAGUGCAAACAAUGCUAUUUGGUUGCUAUACCAGAAUUGGUUAGCCACUGUGUCAGCACUGGACAAUAUACAGAGCAGACUCAACAGUUAUUGAGCUAUACUCUGAUUCAUCCAGCUAUUACCAGCCAAGACAGACGAUCGUUAACUCAGUGGCUUAGACAUCUGGAAGAACGUAUUAGCGGCACACCUCCCAUUCACAGCCUUGAAGAAUAUACUACCACAACUCCUAGAUGGGAUAACAUAUGGCCGCGCGGCUCGAAACAACAGCAACAAAGUGAACAGUCCAAUGUUUUUGGUGGACAUCCAACAUCAACCUUCAACCUGCAGUUUCCAUCUCCUGUUGCCAGACAACGUCGCUCAAAUAGUCUUACUCCACCAGUUGCACCACAUCAUCUUGAUGUUGUCGAUCGAACUACCAAUGCAACCAACUCAAGCAGACAUAAGCCACGCAGCUUCAGUGUUUCAGGCGAUCAUGCAGGGAGUUUGAUUGGCUUGGGCCCACUCAGUCCCCAGAGUUCAUGUGCCAGUAGCGGUAGUGAAGGUCGUUUAGAUGAGGCAUCUACACGGUCUCUGGCUAGUGGCAUGAAAGAUAUGGCAGCAUGGCUGAAAACGUUGAGACUUCAUAAAUAUAGUUAUCUGUUUGCAACACUGAGUUAUGAAGAGAUGCUCGAACUCACAGAAGAACGAUUGGCUGAGCAAGGUGUAACUAAGGGAGCACGACACAAGCUCGCACUAUCUAUUACUAAAUUACAGCAACGACACUCGACUCUACUAGCAUUAGAACGUGACUUACUCCAGCCAAAUCGGGAAGCUAAUCAACAAGCAUCUUUCUCUCAAGGACAAGGCCUUGUCGCCAGUGCUUUGGAUGAGUUGAAAGCUAUUCUAGCAACGCCCAUGAAACCAAGUCAAGAGAGUGAUCCUAUGGAUAUUCCUACUCAGUUCACUAAGGUCGUGGGUAAAAUCUGCAGUCGUUUGGCUUUGGACAGUGUGGACGAAGGAGUGCUUCUAAGCUGUGUUACUGUUCUUGAAAAAGUUUUACAGCAUGACUGUUUCACUCCCAACCAAAAAGAGAAAAUUCAGCAGUGGCGCAGUAGGCUCGGCAAUCCAAGACCUACUCCAAAGUGGCAGCAUAGCUAUGGAUACAAUAACAGAAGAUAUUGUAGCCCUCCGCAGCAUAACCCUAACAGUAGAAAGCCAAGUUUGAACUUGGGUCAUAUUAACAAUAGUCAUGCGCACAACAGUUCAUUUACAUUGAGCACACACAGAAACAGCAUCUCUACUCCGUAUCUUCAAAAUAAUCAGAACCAGAGUUUGACUCAGAAUCAAAACAGCUUACACCCCUUACACGUCACUGAAAAGAGACCUAGCUUACAGGAAACUAGUUUAGAGCAGUUGCAAAGGAGCCUCCAACGUACAUACAGUGCGCCAAGAGAUAAUUUCUUAAGCCAGUCGAUGAGUUCAUCGGAGACAACCGAUCCUGAGAUAAACUCGCGUUUGGAGUCUCUUUGUCUCCGAAUGACGGAGCAAGCUAUUGGUGGAUUCGGCGAGGCCUAGUCCUCAGUUAUCAGCACGACAAUAGUAAGCCCGUUUAUAAUUUACUACUAUAUCGUAGUCUAUUAGAUGUCACAGUUCAAUCUGUAGUUCAACUAAAGAUACGGUGUCUUACUUUGAUAGCUCAUUUCAUGGAAAUGAUAUUUACGAACUGACUGAACAUAAUAGUUGCUAGUUAGUAGUAAGCACGCAUGCACGAACGAACGUACGAGUACUGGCCCACUGAAUACAAUUGUAUAAAUGUCUAAAAUUUGUGACAUUAUUGUUGAGAUCGUGAGAUAAUCGCAGACAUUUGCUCUAAUAAUUGAACGAUUUCCUCAUAAUUUGUAAAUCAUAUUUUUAUUACACUCUAAUUGUAUUAUUUACGAAUUGACAGAAUUUGGCAAGCCAAAUGCUAUUAGAAAGAUGGAUUCUUUCCCUUACUACCUAUUUACGAUAUAUAGGACAUAUAUGAUAUCAGUAUAUGAUAUAUAUAUAUACAGACCCAUACACCCAUAUAUAUAUAUAUAUUAAAAUGAAAAAAAAAAAAAAAAAAAAAUUGUAAAAUACAAAAAAUCAGCUGUGCGUUAUAUUGCAAUAUUUUUUUGUGUUAUCCAUUUCGGGAAAUGGAAUUCUUCUGAUUUUAAGUGCUGAGAAGCAUUAGCAAUUGCGUGAUGCAAUUCAUUUUAAUCAACGGACUGAUUUUAAUUUUUAUUAUUAUUUGUGUUUGUAGAAUUUGAUACUUGAGCCCUGCGCUUUUUGUGCAAAGCCUUUGUUCUUUUCAGUCGGGCUGUUUGUAGAUCAUAAGCAACAUUGUGUUACGUACUUUUCAAUUCCUUCUCUCCCCAAGGAUACACGCAAAUUUAUAGUGUAUGUAGACCAAGACUGUAAAGCUAGAUUGCUGACAUGCCUGGAAUUAAGUUACUUAUAUCAAUGUUAAUAUUUGUGGAUAUGACUUUUCAAUUUCACGGUAAAUUUAUUCACUGGAUCUCAUUUUAUCAUCAUCAAUAUUUUUAUUAUUAUAACUAGUACGUUUCGAAAAUCAUAUCAAAUCGAAUCAUCAUUUAGUAGGGAAUUGUAUGUGACAAAUAUUUUCCAAUGUUACAAGAGACGUUUAAGCUAAAGUCUCACUCUUUGACCAGAAUAAGGACGUAAAAUGCUUGAAGGACAUGUAUAUAUAUUUAAUAUGUAUACAUGUGGAUACAUGUAGAUAAACAUGGAACAUGGGAUACUCUGCAGUCUAGCUUUUAGAUUUGAAAAUUCUGUCGCUUAUCAUUCUGACUGUAUAUUACUAUUUUCAUUUUUGUUUUUUUUUCUCACCAGUUAUUGCGCAAUAACGAUUAAACAGCUUUUGCGAUGUCUUAAUAUUAAUUUUUUCGUUCGACAAAAUCUACUAACGUUAUUCUUAAUUGAAUGAAUGAAUAAAAAUUAAAUAACAAAUAAUUAAAUAAUCAAUUGAGUAAAUAAAUAAUUGAAUAAAUAUUGAAUUAAAAUGAAAAGAAAAAAAAUAAAUAAAAAAAAUAAAAUAAAAAAAAAAACAAUGAAAGACUGACAAUUUCACGCGUUUCGGUAGUAUAAACAUUAACAAAAUGGAAAAAAUUAUGUCCUGAUUAUACGAGACUUCUCUUUCUUUAACGUCCUACGUGCGCGUGAAUGAAACAAUUGGAAGACUGCGGAAGGGAAAAACCUGUCAAAAUAAUAAGAAUUAGAGAAAGGUAUUGAGUAGUAAGGAAGUAAUAUUAGGAUUUAGACUAAUUGAUUGGAACAUUAUAUUCUAUUAUAUUAAUCAACGUAAGGUAAUUGUUGGUAUAGCUUUUUUAUUGGAUAAUUAGUAUAUCUUGUGCAUGAUUUACGUUCUGAGAGUCAUUUGUCUGACUAUGUGUCGGAAGGUGAUUAAAAAAUCCAACGAUUAUGUUGUUGACGAUUGUUGUUUAAAUUACCUACAACGUGCCUAUAACCAGGCUGCGAAGAAUACUUUUUCUUUUUUAUAAAUUAGUGGAAAUGGAAAAAUAAUGGGGUAAAAGAACGAAUGAAAUUUGACAAGUAUGAUAUUGCCAAUACCAUUGACACUGUAAAACAUUAUUCCAACAACGUGAGGGUGAGGUAUGUGCCUGGUACGUAGCGAAAUUGAGAUUAGUCGAAUGUAUAAUUUAUAUAGAUUCUCGGUAGUCCGCCCGUUCUUUUAAAUGUACUUGGCGCGAGACUCUACCGAGUCUCUUGAUCAACUAUAGCUGAAACUGUUCGAACCAUAUCGAUGAGGGAUAACAGCUGAACUCAAAUGUCGUCUCGCUACGUAUUUACGCUUACAUUCUUUGCGGUGAAUAAAAAUUUCAAAAUCGGUUAUUGGCAGAGAUAUACGACAAUGGGCAAUUUUCCGGGGUAGACUUUAGUAACUAAGAAACUUAAAGAAGAAUGUUCAACUUUACACCCAGUUAAUUAACUUCAAUAUUAUUAUUACUAUUAUCAUCAUUAUUAAUAUCAUUAUCAUUGUAAUCAACUGUUUUUUUUUUAUGUCAAUUUUUUUUAAAACUCUUACACAUAUUAUGUAAUUAUUAUAAAAUUUGACGACACUCGACAGGCAGGCAUAUAAUAUUACGAAUUCUGAGAUGAUUUAAAGCUAGUCAAACGAUACGUUUCUAUCAGCUAUACAUUAUUGUAAUCAUAACUGUGCAUUUUUACAUUUCGAACGAGACGACUUGUACACCAUACUACUAUACAUACAAAUAAUUAUAUGAAAAAAGAGUGAAAAUGAAUUUAGCAGAGAAGAAAAAAAAAAGGAAAGAAAUAUAAAAAAAAAGACUGCUCCUAUGCUAUUUCUGCAAUUAAUAUGUCAUUGUAAUUAAUAAUCGAAACACACAGUAAUCUAUAAAGGCAGGACCUAACUAAACAGAGAAUAUGAAAAACUUUAUUUGCAAAAAUAGAAAAAAAAGAAAAACAAUAAAAAAUAAAUAUGAAUUGAAUAAAAAAAGUAUGUGAAAUGGUACCAUAGCUGACGAUUGGUCGCCUAUUGUCACUUAAUAUUGUAAAUUUGUCUAAUAUUACUAUUACAAAUAUUAUCAUUAUUAUGAUUAUGAUUAUUAUUAUUACUAGCAUCAUCAUUAUUAGUAUUAUUGAUUAUUGAUUAUUGAAUAGUCUUGGUUCAACGUCAGUAAGCAUAAUAAGCCAGAGAUUAACUUGUGACGUCAACAUCUCGUUGAAUAAUGAUCUUGUCGUUUGGGAAAAAUCGCUCAAAUAUUGGUAAUGUUGCUGUGUCGUCUACGUAUCAGCUAUUUUUUUUGCUCGGUGUACUGACGUUGUUCUUUAUUUCUAUGAAUGGCGACCAUUAUUACAUCAAAAUGAAUUAUAUACAUACACACAUCUAUAUAAACAUAUAUAUAUAAGUCGUAACUUUCGAACGUGGCGUUUUCGGCAGGGACAUAUGUUGUUCAGAUUUUAUUUUCAAUCGUAGUUGCUCUUGCUUAUCGAUGAAAUUGUGUCAAAUAUGAAUAUUGAAUAUAUACGUGGAUAUGAGUAUGACUAAAUGAGACAAAUGAACCGUCGCAAACGCUUUUUUGAAAAAAAAAAAAAUGAAAAAAAGGAACAAAAAAAUUGAAAAAAAAAACCACAAAAAUGAAAAUCAAAUAAAGAAUUAAAAAAACACAGAAUAAAUAAAUGAAUUUAUAGCCCCUAAGUUGGACAACUUGUAAAAAUGCAAUUUUUGUACUUCUAGAAAAGUGAAUAGGCGUGCGAGGGUACACAAAAGUUGUAACGUGAAAUAACAUUUUUCAAAAAUAAAAAGAAAAAAAAGGAAGUUUUUCCAUA